UCACAGAAAAACAGGCUUACAGACUGCAGAUGAGAGACUCUGGAGCAGAGACAAUUUUAACUUAGCCAUUCCUAAUUUAUCUCAAGCGUUUUCAGUUCAUCUCCACUGCUCUGUGCACACAGGAACACCAGAUUGCCAUCCCUAGGGAACAGAAUGCUACCGGGGAUCUAGAGAGCUGUCAUAUUCCAAGAAAUAUUUAAAUUGUGCUGAUUUUCUUCUGGAGAACUGAGCCCAGGGAAUGAAACUCUUCAUCAAGUCAUAGCUUUGCGGGCAAUAGAUCAGAGGAUAUUGCCAGUUUUCUAAUGGAUUAUUGUUAUCGGGCAGGUUUGCUCUGAAGCUUCUCAGCUGCUGUUACAUUCUUCUUGAAUGGACUCACCAAGAAAGCACAGCCCUGAUUUUGUAUGAGAAAGACUAUCAACAGACCCUAAAACGAAAGAAUGUUUAGAUUUCAUCAAGUGAAACAUAUAUUUGAAAUACUGGAUAAAAUGAGAUGCCUGCGAAAACGUUCUACAGUGUCAUUCUUGGGAGUUCUUGUUAUUUUCCUUCUAUUUAUGAACUUGUACAUUGAAGACAGCUAUGUUCUGGAAGGAGACAAACAACUUAUAAGGGAAACAUCCACACAUCAGCUGAAUUCAGAACGCUAUGUGCAUACUUUCAAAGAUUUAUCUAACUUCUCAGGAGCCAUCAAUGUCACCUAUCGCUACUUAGCUUCCACUCCUUUACAAAGAAAGCGGUUUCUUACAAUUGGACUAUCAUCAGUGAAACGAAAAAAAGGAAACUACUUACUUGAAACAAUAAAGUCAAUUUUUGAGCAAUCCAGCUAUGAAGAGCUGAAGGAAAUCUCAGUGGUGGUUCAUCUAGCAGACUUUAAUUCAUCCUGGCGUGAGGUCAUGGUUCAGGAUAUUACACAGAAAUUUGCCCACCAUAUUAUUGCAGGAAGAUUAAUCGUUAUACAUGCCCCAGAGGAAUAUUACCCAAUCCUGGAUGGCCUUAAAAGAAAUUACAAUGAUCCAGAAGAUAGAGUCAGAUUUCGUUCCAAGCAAAAUGUAGAUUAUGCUUUUCUGCUUAAUUUUUGUUCCAAUACUUCAGACUAUUAUGUGAUGCUUGAAGAUGAUGUUCGAUGUUCAAAAAAUUUCUUAACUGCCAUCAAGAAAGUUAUUACAUCUCUAGAAGGAACUUACUGGGUAACUCUAGAAUUUUCUAAGCUUGGCUACAUUGGAAAACUUUAUCAUUCACAUGACCUCCCACGUUUGGCACAUUUUUUAUUAAUGUUUUAUCAAGAAAUGCCUUGUGAUUGGCUAUUGACUCAUUUUCGGGGUCUAUUGGCUCAGAAAAAUGUUAUUCGUUUUAAACCAUCUCUCUUUCAGCACAUGGGUUAUUAUUCAUCAUAUAAAGGGACAGAGAACAAGCUGAAGGAUGAUGAUUUUGAAGAGGAGUCAUUUGACAUCCCUGAUAACCCUCCUGCAAGAUUAUAUACCAACAUGAAUGUUUUUGAAAAUUAUGAAGCAAGCAAGGCUUACAGUAGCGUUGAUGAGUACUUUUGGGGAAAACCACCUUCAACAGGAGAUGUCUUUGUGAUUAUAUUUGAAAAUCCAAUUGUGAUUAAAAAAAUUAAAGUGAGUACUGGAACAGAAGAUCGGCAAAAUGACAUUUUACAUCAUGGAGCCCUAGAUGUUGGGGAAAAUGUUAUAGUUUUCAAACAAAGUAGACAAUGUGAUACUUACAUAAGACUAGGGGAAUUCAAAAAUGGAAACUUUGAAAUGUUAGAUGUGAAUCAAAAAAUUCCAUUUGAUAUACAGUGUAUAAGGAUAUAUGUUACCAAAACCCAAAAGGAAUGGCUGAUUAUUAGGAGUAUUAGCAUUUGGACUUCUUAGCCAAUUAAAUCAGUAUGUCCUGUCACCGAAACAGGUCUUCCUGUUUCCUUUUGUUACCUUCCUCUUUUGCUACGUUUGUCCUAUGGAGUUAAAGCAACAGAUGAGACAUUUUAAAAGAAAAGUCAAUCAUCUUGGCAGUUUUGAUUUACCCAUUUUCAUCACAAUUUUAUUCUAAUAUACACUUGCACUUAUAUCAAAUUCUGAAGUUGAAUAUGUUCACAGUUAAUACUAGUUUCAUUUAUAUUUUAAUGUUAUUAUGUUAGCUUCAAAUUUUUAACUGAGUGUUUUAAAGGGGGCAUGAAGAAGUUAAAAAGAGAAAUUUUAGUCUAUUGGAUGGUAAGUCUUGAAAAAUAUUUUCCAACUGUAUGCAUUUCCUCAAUAAUUGAUAGUUUAUCAUAUCAUCAGAUAGCUUUUAUUAACCCUUUGUGUAAAUACACAGUUGGUUAGAAUGAUAAUCUGUCAGGGUUUUUUUUUUUUUUUUGGACACUGAGUUUUCCAUAGACCCUUGUACAUCUACAAUGAAUACCUCUUCAUGGAAAUGAUGUCUUUACAACCGAUUUUUGUGUAUAGGUGGGACUACAGAAAGAAAAAUUUUCUCCCUUGAUUAUUUAUAUGAAAGGGGGCAUUGAUCAUUGUAUAAAAACAAUUGAGCACCUGUUAUCAAUAAAUUUUCUGUGGGAGUCUUUUCUAGUUUCCCUUUUGCAAAAAAAGAAUAGUUAUGUUCAAUAUUCUCAGGGUACAUUGGGUACCUGCAUUUAAUAGAAGAAAUUAGAGAAGGCCUAGAGUUACUUCAAUCCUAAAACAUUUUCAGUAUAUACAUAAAAUUUUAAAAAUUGAUUUUAUAUGUUUUGUAUUAAAAUUUGUGUGAUUGGAAUCAUUGUGACUUACCAUAUACUUUUUGGGAGUUUAAAUGAGCACCUUGUAAAGGAGAAAAGUGAGAAACAAAGAAAUCAGUUGACUUCUCUAUACUCAGAGCUGGUUCAAAGCAAAGCCAGAAAGAGAGAGGUCACAUGUCCUAACACCCAGUGUCCUUUCUCUUGUACAAAGCUUGCUCCUGACACAAUGCAUGCUUUCUGUUCUCUGAUAUGAGUCUCAGUCCAUGAGUUGUGCCAUCUGGACAUAGUUGGUAUAAUUUUUAUAAGUCCUAUUAACAUUCUGUGGGUAACCCUAAAGUGUCCUAAAUGGUGCUCUUGUGGUAUAUGUACACAAAUGGUAAGCAAACGACUAAAUUUUGCUAUAAGAAACUGGACAAUUGUGACUACACCAUUUGUCCAUUAAAGCAAUUCAGGACACUCCAGUGCAUCUUAAAAACAUUGUUUUUUUAGAAUAUUCUGAGCUUGUCUCAUUCCUUCUAUUUUUGACAAACAACAAAGAUAAAAGGAUUUAUGAGAAAAUGAAAUGAAGAGUACUUCAUAUGUGUUUAUGGAGAGAACCAAAUAUAUGUUUAUAUCGACGGAUGUGUGUGUGUGUGUGUGUGUGUGUGUGUGAAGAUCAGACUUGUGAUACUGAGAAAGAAAGAGAAAUUCUUCUUUUUCUUCCUUUCAUCCUGAAACAAAAUCCUUAGGACUCACUGGUGUGCUACA